ACAUAUAUAUUUAUCUAUGUUUAAAAUUGGUGUGAAGUUCUUCAAAAAUGGAUAUUGUUGAGAAAUUAGAUACAAACUGAACAUAGCAUUUAGUAGAGAUGCAUAGAAAAUGAUUUGUUUUGUUUACAAAAUAUUUUUCGAAACUAAAAUCAUCUGCUUAAAUAUUCCAAAAUUGUUUAAAUAUUCUUUCUCGUAGUUAGUAAAUGAAUGACUAUAGCAAUGGGAGACUUAAUGUUACGUUGUCCUAUAUGCUGUACAGAAACUUUUAAUUCUAAACACAAACUUACAGAACAUUUAGUGAAUGUUUUGUCAAAUCUAGUUUGCCCCAUUUGUAAUGAUAAAUGGUCCACUUUAGUCCAUCUUAUAGAACAUUUAAGUCUAGAUAAUUGUCAGCAAGCAAAGCCUAACCCAGCUUAUACUAAUAAAGAUGACACAGUUACUGAAAUACUUCAAAAUAAACAAAAUUUUAAUUCUGAACAGACGAAUGAUUGCAUCAUUAAGAAUGAAGACUUAAAAGUUCAAAUACCUAAAAGUACAAUCAAAUUGCAUGCUAGUGAAGAUGAUUCACAAGAAAACAAAAUGUAUGUUGAGUUAUUAAAUGAAGAAUUAUUAAAACCAUGUCUUCAGACACAAGAGUUAAAGGUUGUCAAAGAAAGUGCUGAUAGAUAUGUUAUAGUGACUAAUGAAGAUUCAAUAUUGAACACUCACAGUAACAUAGUCACUAAACAAAACAAUGAUGGAACUAUAUCUAUGACUGUGAAAGAACCAAAAUUAGAAGCUGAAGUUUUGACAAAUUCAACUGAAAAUGAGUCUGAAGAAAACCAAGAAGUAUACAGCUGUAACACAUGUGGAGUUUCCUUUUCUUCAGUUUUAGAUCACAUUCAAAAUUAUCACAAUGACCAAGAUGUUGUGGUUGAGGAACCAAUAGAGGACAGCACUAAUGACGCUUCAUUGGAAUAUGAAACUGUGGAAAGUGAUGACCUAGCUAUCAGUGAUAAACAGACCCCGAAGCGAAUGAUAACAGACACUGGUGAUAUUGUUGAAGCACCCAUUUUACUAGAAGCGAGCACUGCUAUCCCGCAACAAUCCUUAGAACAGAGUGAAGUAAAAACAUUUGUUAUGCCACUAAAGGAGGAUGCGGAGAAACAAGACAAGUCAGCGCCUACGCAACGUUUUGUACAAAUCGAUAAAGUUUUUAACAGCGUUGUUAAGGAAAUUAAAGCUUCCGAUGAUAGAAAUGGUCUUUACCAUAAAGUAAUUAUGAAAGAAAUGCAAACGACAAUGGGCAACAAAAUAAAAGUGUACACUUGCGUAUUCUGUAAUGUUUAUGUUACGUCUUUAUCAGAUUUCAAAUCUCACCCUUGUAAAACAAUGAAAUAUCCCUGUCCACACUGUCCAGUUGGCUACGAAAAUUCAAAAUCUCUUUGUGCACAUAUGAAAGUACAUAAAUCUAAACAAGAUCAAAAUUUUGAGGCCAUUGUAUCGUUUGAAUGCGAGAUUUGUUGUACAGUCUUCCGAACUAGUAAAUCACUGAAGCUUCACAAGCGGAUGCAUGAUCCUAUUAAGUCACGCCCAAUCGAGCCUCCGGUAGAGACAAUUGAAGGUAACGCAGCCAGUGAAGAUAAGUACAUAUGUCCGAUAUGUUUCAAAUUAAUACCGGAAGACUAUCGCACCAUACACGAGAACUCGCACAACAAUAGCAACAAAAUGAACUGCGACAUUUGUAACAAGAAGUUCCACUCAAAGGAGUAUCUGAAGAUGCACAUGAGUGUACAUAAUAUGGAUAAGGUAGUAAUUGGAAAACAAGAUAAAUCUCUUCCUUACACAUGUUCAUAUUGUAAUAGAAAAUUCGCAAGGCCGCAUGAAAAAGUCAAACACGAAAGGAUACAUACAGGUGAAAAACCUCAUACAUGCGAGAUCUGCGGGAAAGCUUUCCGUGUGUCAUACUGCCUCACGCUUCACAUGCGUACACAUACGGGCGCACGUCCGUACGCCUGUUCGCAUUGUGGUAAGAGAUUUAAAGCGCACAGCGUCUACAAUCAUCACCUCCUAACGCACUCUGAAGUGCGAGCUUACAAAUGUCCUUACUGCCCCAAGGCUUUUAAAACAUCAGUGCAACUCGCCGGUCAUAAAAACUCACACACGAAGCCCUUCUCUUGCCAGCAGUGUAACAGGCCGUUCGCGUCGUUGUACGCAGUACGAGUGCACACCGAAAUCCACUCACGGCAGAACAGUCUCAAGUUUUCGUGCUCGCUGUGCGGCGCAAGUUACGCGCGCGCUUUCGCCCUAAAGGAUCACAUCAAGCAAGCCCACAAAGAUGCCACCGAGGAGAGCUUGCAGGCUGACUUCAAAGAAGAUGAAUGGAAUUCACGCGAUGACGAUGCAAACGAAGAAGAAAUGAACGAUCUUGACAAAGAUUUACCACAUGUGAUAACCGCAAUGGAAUCAAAUUCAAACGAGAUGAUUAUACCUUAGCCGUAGCUGAAUUAUUGUUGUAAAAAAGUAAAGUAAUAAAUAUACACUAUGUAUUAAUUUUAGAUUAUUUUUAACAUUGUUAUUCUUAUUUGUUUAUAACUGGCCUACACCAUCACUAAUUAUUCGUAUAUGGAUAAGGAAGGGAAAAGGGGAGAGAGAGAGUGAGUGAAAGAUAGAGGAUUGUAUAUACCUAACAGUGAGGAUAUUUACUUCUGUGCCAAUGAACUAGAAAACUCUUAAUAAAACAUGAUUGCAAACAUAAGUUUUUAUAUAAUUAUUUAUAUUUUUUUUAUAUUGUAUAAGUAAAGUUAAUAAAAAAACGUUAUGGUUUGCAUACAUACUUAUUUUGAUUAUUUAUAUUUUUUAAAGUUAGCGCAGUUAAUGUAUUUGUCCUCUGUCAAGUUUGGUUUUGUUAAAAAUUUAAAUAAAUUAUUGGCGAUCGAGGUAAGACAGGAAAUUUGAAUAAAAGGUACAGAAAAUAGAUACAAGUUUUUUGUAAUUAUAGUGUUAAGGGCAUUGAUAUCAAGUGAUCAUGUUAAUAAAUACUUUGUCAGUAAAUGAAUUAUGAAACU